AGAGUUUGCGUAUCGUCUUUUAUCUCACAUAAACAUAUUAUUCGGAAGUGUUUCAACUGCAUUUGGCUGUUUAUAAGACCUGUAUUUCAGAAUCAAUGGAAUGAACAAGACGGAAUGUGUGGGUUGUGUGGGGACCCUUACCAAGGUGUGAGGGCACACGAGGCCGGUGGAGAAUACGCUACAGGGACAAUCGCUGCCUGUUACAACACCUCUGUGACUUCAGUAGAAGUGGCCGCUAAACUUACUUCAAACCACAAGGGCUAUUUCGAGUUCAGACUGUGUGAAAAUAACAACGUCAACCAGGCCAUCACCCAGGAAUGUCUGGACGAACACUUGCUGAUUUUUACAGAAACAGGGAAGACGAGAGGGGAUAUUACUACAGAUGAGGAUACAGAAUUUAGUUUCCUUGUAGACCUGCCAGAAGGAGUGACAUGUGAACAGUGUGUUUUACAGUGGAAAUACACCGCUGCAUAUUACAAACUUGGGUUGGUUCACACACUUAUGCGACACGCUAUAUUUAUAGGUAACAACUGGGGAUGUGACGACGAGGGGCAGUGUUGUACAGGAUGUGGGCCGCAGGAGCAGUUCUACGGCUGUGCUGACAUACAGAUUAUUGACACGUGUUGAGCGAUAUUCCCGUAAACCGACACUCUGGUAAUCCAACGACCCCGUUAUCCGACACAAGUUUGAUUUAAAGGACUUCUUAAGUUUCCAGUAAAUAUCUGAUUUGUAACGAUAAUGAAUGUCAUUGUUUGGUCCUUCAAAGCUCUGAUAUAAACAUAACAUAAUACUUUGUCUAGCAUGUUUACUGCAGGUUUCGAAAUGAUUAUUCUAAAAUGCGUCAUGCAUCUGCAUUCAAUAGAAACUGAAUUUACAGUUAUUCCGUUAAAAUAAAAUCCUUCUUCGACUUAAUAGUAGUAUAUACUAUUGUUAUUUAGAUACUUAAGGACGUGUCGUGAAAUAAACAUUUGAAUAUUAUAUAUCUGUCCUGUUUGUAUUUGGUUUUGUUUUACUUGUAAUAUUUUCGUUUAAAUAAAUCAAAGUAAAUCAAAUUGAAGUAUUUAUAAAUAAAAUCAUAUUGUGACUACAGCGUAUGUUCACGGUUAUGUGGCGUUUUAUGAAAAACAGCGGAGACAACACCUCGGUAGUAGCAAUGGCAUUCAUUUCGGGAAUAGACU